AUGAGAUCACAACAUAGAAAAGCAACCUUAAACAUCCCAACUGUUUUAGAUCUACAAAACCCAGAAUGGGAUGUUAUUUUAAAAUCUUGGGCUUACAUCAACGUUAAGUAUUAUUAUCUCAAAAUAUUUUUGAAAUUAGGAACUAUGAAUUAACUAUUAAUAAAGGUUCAAUUGUGAACAAGAAAAUACUUUAUCUGAAUCUAAAAGAAGAGUCAAUCAAUUAUAAAGUAUGUUCCAGUAUGCCAAAUAUCAUAGAAGUCAAAACUGAAACUAUUAAUCUUUAAAAAGAUUGUAAGCUAAUUUAUAUUUUUCUAGAAAAAGACUAUAUUAAAUUAUAGAUAAAAGCUCCUUUGACCCCCUGUAAAUUACACGUCAAAAUAGCAUUAAUGGAUAUCAAAGGCGAUACUGUUUUUGAAGGAAUGGACUUUGAUCUCAUUAUUGCUAAUUUAACUGCAAAAUGA